AUGGAAAAUGCUUCUGGGUUUAGUAAGGAAGACGAACAGAUGGAAUUGCCUCCGGGGUUCCGAUUUCAUCCAACUGAUGAAGAACUCAUAAGUCAUUACCUUUCUCCUAAGGUUCUUGACAGCUGCUUUUGUGCUAGGGCUAUUGGUGAGGUAGAUUUGAACAAGUGUGAGCCCUGGGAUUUGCCUUGGAAAGCUAAAAUGGGUGAAAGGGAAUGGUAUUUCUUCUGUGUGAGAGACAGAAAAUACCCAACUGGUCUAAGAACAAACAGAGCAACUGAUGCGGGGUACUGGAAAGCCACAGGAAAAGAUAAGGAGAUUUACAAGGCCAAAACCCUUGUUGGGAUGAAGAAGACUCUGGUUUUCUACAAAGGAAGAGCUCCCAAAGGUGAAAAGACCAACUGGGUCAUGCAUGAGUAUAGACUGGAAGGCAAAUACUCUGCCUAUAAUCUCCCCAAAACAGCAAAGAACGAGUGGGUGAUUUGCAGAAUUUUCCAAAAGAGUAGUGGUGGGAAGAAAACUCAUAUUUCAGGGUUGGUGAGGUUGGGCUCUUUCGGGAACGAAUUGCGCCCUUCUUUAUUGCCACCUUUAAUGGAUUCUUCACCCUACAACAGCGACACGAGAACCACCGUCUGCGAAACGUCUCACGUGUCCUCCUUCUCCGAUCCGAUGGAGGAUCAGAGGACUCAGGAUGAUAUAAUUGACAGCUUCCAACACAACAACCACCACAACAGCAGCAACAGCAACCACAACCCUCUUUUAGCUUCUUCGUCUCGCUCAAACCCCUCUGCUCACUUAAACCCUUUCUACUCCAACCAAAUCGCACCAAACAUCGGAUUCUUGCAGUACCAAGACUCUGUCUUGAUGCAGGACCAGUCCUUCCUGAGGAUGCUGCUUGAAAACCAAGCGCCAAACUUGAAGCGCAGUGCAAAAACAGAGCUCUCACAGGACACAGGCCUGAGCAUGGAUGUCUCUUCCGUUGUGUCAAACAGAGAAAUGGUUCAGGACGAUCCUUCAUACUCAUCUGCUCCUAUAGAAUUUGACAGCCUCUGGAAUUAUUAG